GUUUCUAUAUUCCUCUAUAAACUUGAAUACUGCCAGGGAAUAAUUUUCCUGAUUAUAAACCGGGUAUCUAAAUUUAAUAAAGCAAUUCUUUCCCGGAUCCAUCUUAUACUUAGGUAUAAUGACUUAAUUAAAUAUGCGAGGGGGCAAGUCUGGAGGAACUUCCUUUCCUGGACAACUACUACUUCCGGAGAUACAGACGUUAUAGGCAAGGAACUAGAUGAAUUAGCUAUCUAUAAGUUAAAUGGUCGGCAGGUAGGUUACCUCCGAAUCCCCAGCCUUCGUCUUACUAAUGUU